AAUUUUCGGGGUUUGGAUUUUUUUUUUCAUUUCCCGUAGGUUCCGUGUUCCAAACAAUGAGUUUGAGUAUGAGCUUGUGUGGAAGUUAUAGUCUUCAGCUUCCAUAUCGCAGAAUUGCAAGCUGCAAUCUUCACCGCGAUGACAGGCAUAUUGUUCCUAUCAAUACGCACCCAAAACCUUCGGAAGCUGAAAAUUGUCUUAGGUCAAAAUGGAAGAUUAAUGGCAAUAAUAUUAGGACAUGCAUUGGAGUCAUGACAGUGGCACACUUGGUUGCUCCAGUUGCUGCAAAAGCUGAAGUGGCUGCUUCUAUUUAUGCUUUGGCUGAUGGAAGCCUCGGUGAUUGGUUUGGAGGCUUUGUGUACUCAGCUGGACAGCAGGCCAAUGAAGCUGUUCAGGGUCAACUAUCGUCUCUCAGUUUCACUAGUUUGGCUGUAAUUUAUGGGGCGGGGCUUGUAACCAGCCUUUCUCCAUGUACACUUAGUGUCUUACCGCUGACCCUUGGUUACAUUGGGGCAUUUGGCUCUGGCAAAAGCAAAACAGAGGUUGUUGGAGAUUCCAUUGCAUUCUCCUUAGGUCUUGCAACCACAUUAGCACUGUUGGGUGUAGGAGCUUCAUUUGCUGGAAAGGCUUAUGGGCAGAUUGGCCAAGGAUUACCUUUGGCUGCUUCUGGUUUGGCUAUAAUUAUGGGUCUGAACCUACUUGAGAUCAUUGAAUUACAGCUCCCUUCAUUCUUUGAAAGUUUUGAUCCACGUGCAGCUGCUGCUAAUUUCCCAUCAAGUGUACAAGCAUACCUGGCUGGGCUUACAUUUGCAUUAGCUGCCUCACCUUGUAGUACACCUGUUCUGGCCACCCUUCUGGGGUAUGUUGCUGCAUCCAAGGAUCCAUUGAUUGGAGGCAGCUUACUUUUGACUUACACAACUGGCUAUGUUUCCCCCUUACUCUUGGCUGCUUCUUUCGCUGGAGCAUUACAGAGUUUGCUUUCAUUUCGCAAGUUCUCAGCAUGGAUCAAUCCUAUAAGCGGAGCAAUGCUGUUAGGUGGUGGUGUAUAUACUUUCUUAGAUAGGUUGUUCCCAGUCACAAUGGUGAUGUAGAAAAUCUCUUGGCUCUUAACACGCCGUGAUCAUUUACUUAAACAGUUCCAUGUAUAUAUGUCAUACAAGUAUUCAAUUGAAAUAGAAAUUAAAAUGACUAUUGCAUACCACA